AUGACGGACGCGCUUGCAGAUAAGCUUAAUACCAUUCAGAUUGGGUAUGCUUCGAAUCUGUCGCCCCCGGCUCUCCAGAGACAUCCCCCUUUGUCCGUCGACUCGCUAACGAGCCCUAGUGACGGCACCAACGAUGAUUGGAAGAAGGCGUUAAAGAUACCUGCCAAGGAUGGCAGGAAACAGACUGAGGACGUUACGAACACCAAAGGCCUCGAGUUCGAAGACUUCGGCCUUAAGCGAGAUCUACUGAUGGGCAUCUUCGAAGCCGGAUUCGAGAAGCCCUCCCCCAUCCAAGAAGAAGCCAUCCCCGUCGCUCUCACUGGACGAGAUAUCCUUGCUCGAGCCAAGAACGGCACCGGAAAGACAGCCGCUUUCGUAAUCCCCGCCCUCGAAAAGAUCAACCCCAAGGUCUCCAAGAUUCAAUGCCUCAUCCUCGUCCCCACCCGAGAAUUGGCCAUGCAGACGUCGCACGUUUGCAAGUCAUUGGGAAAGCACCUUGGUAUCAACGUCAUGGUCACCACUGGAGGAACCGGACUUCGAGAUGACAUUAUCCGACUUCAAGACCCUGUCCACAUAGUAGUGGGAACACCCGGCAGAAUUCUCGAUUUGGCAGGCAAGAAUGUCGCCGAUUUGAGUGAAUGCCCGAUGUUUAUCAUGGAUGAAGCCGAUAAGCUCCUCUCGCAAGAGUUCACCCCCGUCAUCGAGCAGCUCCUGCAGUUCCACCCCAAGGACCGCCAGGUCAUGCUGUUCUCCGCCACCUUCCCGCUGUCCGUCAAGGACUUCUCCGACAAGAACAUGGUCAGCCCCUACGAGAUCAACCUCAUGGACGAGUUGACGCUGCGGGGUAUCACCCAGUACUACGCCUUCGUCGACGAAAAGUCCAAGGUCCACUGCCUGAACACCCUCUUCUCCAGGCUUCAGAUCAACCAGUCCAUCAUUUUCUGCAACUCGACCAACCGCGUCGAGCUUCUCGCCAAGAAGAUCACCGAGCUGGGCUACUCGUGCUUCUACAGUCACGCCAAGAUGGCCCAGCAGGCUCGUAACCGAGUCUUCCACGAUUUCCGAAACGGCGUCUGCCGAAACCUCGUCUGCUCCGAUCUCCUCACCCGUGGUAUCGAUAUCCAAGCCGUAAACGUCGUCAUCAACUUCGACUUCCCCAAGAACGCCGAAACCUACCUCCACCGCAUUGGUCGAUCCGGCCGAUACGGCCACCUUGGUCUGGCUAUUAACCUGAUCAAUUGGGAUGACCGAUUCAACCUGUACAACAUUGAGCGGGACUUGGGCACCGAGAUCCAGCCCAUUCCCCAGACCAUUGACAAGAGUCUCUACGUCUACGAAAACCCCGAAACGAUUCCCCGCCCCAUCUCGACUCUGAAGCCGGGCGUCAACAGCACGGCGAAGCCUAAUGCGCCCCAAAACUUCAACGGCCAGUCGCAAGACCAGGCCCAGCCUGCCCAGCAGCGCUCCCAACACACUCACCACCAGCAGCAACAGCCUGCUGGACCCGCCCCUAACGUCAACUGGCAGACCCAGAACCUCACUCAGAACGGGCCCAGUCAUUACCAGAGCAACCGUGGUCGCGGUCGCGGCCGAGGCUACCAUGGCCAAGGUCGUGGUCGGGGUAGCUAUAACGGCGGCUACGGCCGAGGCCGAGGCCAAGGCCCCGCCAUCCAACAAUCCUAA